AUGCAAAUCGAGCUCCCUCUCAACACAGGCAGUGACAUGCAGACCCGCAGUGCCCAGGUCACCAGACUCUUUGCGAUAGGACGCGGGCAGAAGUGCCAGGAGCUGGUCGCAAUCUUGUCCGGACGCGUUGUUGUGCUCGUUUUCGCAACCAAGCGUCCUCCCAAACUACGAUCCCUGGCCGCUGCGUCCUUUGGCCAUGUUCUUACACCUUCUCACAACAGCGUAUAUACUUCCUUGCGUCUACGUACACGCCCUUCAUCGUAUUUUAUAUUCAAGACAAGUGUUGCUGUUUUGAAAACGAAAGCUUCGUGGUUGACCCGUCGCCACUAUCUAGCAUUACAAGCUCCUGUCGCCCGUGCACCGCCCCAAACACCCCUGGCCGCGAUGGACUGGGCGCAACGGUGGUUACUCACCUUCUUAGCGAGCGUUAUUGCCACCGUGUACUGGUUGUUGGCAGCGAGAGCUAAAUCUGCAGCGAAAUCGCGACGACAGUCUCAGGUAGCGCAGAACCAUCGCCCUGAUCAUUCGGUGCCAGAGAGGACAACGACUCGGAAGCGUCUUACGAUAGUAUACUCUGAGCAGACGCGCGUUGCAGCCGAUGAUGCUGACGUCGACAUCGUUGCCGUACAUGGCCUUGGUUCAGACGCGGACUGGUCUUGGAUAUGCAAGGACGGCGAAAAGCAUAUCAACUGGCUUCGGGACCCUGACAUGCUGCCAGCGCAGGUGCCUAGGGCAAGAAUUAUAGUAUAUCGCUACGAGUCGACCUGGCAUGUAGACGCACCACAGACGCGCCUCCAGCUUUGCGGAGAGGAGCUCGUCCACAGUCUACACGCAUUCCGCGCCGGUCGCCCGAGCCGGCCGCUUGUCCUUGUCGGCCAUAGUCUAGUAAAGACGACCGUUGGUCUUGUGUUCCUGGGCACACCUUUUCGAGGCUCAAAGUGGCAACCCCUCGCCGAUGCUCUCGCCCAGCUGAUGCGACCGGCAGGCUCCCACCGCGGUAUUACGAGGAAGCUAGGAUUCGACGAGCCGGCGCUCCGAGACAGUGUACAUCGAUUCUGCAAGCUGCGCAACAAGCUGUCGACGGCUGUCGCAUGUUUUAGCGAGCUCCGCGAAACGGACUUUGGUCGGCGGUUGGGCAUUGUCGGCGUUGCUAAAGGAAUGAUCGUCGAGGAGACAUCUGCUUGCAUCCCAGGUUUUGACAGAUACGCACUCGAAAAAGAUCACCUGAAGAUCAAUAAAUAUUACGGUCCAACCGACCCCGCAUUCGAACGAGUGUCUAAUGCGAUCGCCGAGAUGUGCCACCGAGCGAACGACGUCGUUCGGCGCCGGUUUGAGAUCGCACUGGAAUAUAACCCAGCGGCUGGAGGCUGUCUUCAUGAUCUAUUCGUCACCGACCCGCUCGAAGACAAGAAGGCUCUAAAGCGCAAGAAAGGGAAUCGCGCUGCUGGCACUUGCAAGUGGAUACUUGGCACGGAGCAUCUAACCGCCUGGCUUGGUUCUAGAAAUAAUCAGGAUUUUGAGAGUCACGCAAGCCAAGUCCUGUGGCUUCAUGGCAACCCGGGUACGGGGAAGUCUACACUGGCAAUAUUUCUCACCGACGUGCUGUCCAUAUGGUUCUCUGCAACAGACGAAAAAACAUUGGCAUAUUUUUUCUGUGACUCGGCUUUCGAUACACGGAGGACAGCCACGUCUGUCGUCCGAGGUCUUCUGCUGCAACUCAUCCAACAGCACCCACCUCUUCUGCGCCAUGUUUUACAAAAGUACAAUGAGCGAAAGGCGAAAUUAUUCGAAUCCUUUGAUGCUCUCUGGGCAAUAUUUAUAAAAGUGGCAGCUGACAAAAACACUGGUCGAAAAUACUUCAUUAUUGAUGCAUUAUACGAAUGCGAGGUUGAUUCCCAAAAGACGCUCCUACAUCAGCUGCGAGACACCUUUCAUAGCCCUGAUGCUCCGUCCAACGUUCAAAUUCUUGUCACCAGUCGGCCAUAUCCAGAGAUUCGUAAAUACCUGGGAAUUUUUUCAUGCGUGGACUUCGCUUGUUUUCCCGACGCUAAGCGGGACAUCGAUCAAUGCAUUAAGAAAAGGGUGGCGCAGCUUCCGUACACCGAGAAAAUUAAAGAGCGAGUUACCGACAUUCUUAGAUACAAGGCCGCGGGGACAUUUCUGUGGGUCGGCAUAGCCCUGCGUGAGUACGUUGAGUCUUGCCGUCUGAUGGUCGUUAUUCAGGACGAAAAAGUGCUCUUAUUACAUCAACCUGUGAAAAUUUACUUGAUCAAAUUUGGUUACCAGGCCUGUUUUAGUGAGCUCCAAGUCCAUGCCGACCUUGCUUAA